AUGGCGGCGCUGCCCGGCGCGGUCCCCAGGAUGAUGAGACCCGGCCCGGGGCAGAACUACCCGCGCACCGGCUUCCCCCUGGAAGUGUCCACCCCUCUUGGCCAAGGCCGGGUCAAUCAGCUUGGUGGGGUCUUCAUCAACGGGCGACCCCUGCCGAACCACAUCCGUCACAAGAUAGUGGAAAUGGCCCACCACGGCAUCCGGCCCUGCGUCAUCUCCCGCCAGCUCCGUGUUUCCCAUGGCUGUGUCUCCAAGAUUCUGUGCCGGUACCAGGAGACUGGGUCCAUCCGGCCUGGGGCUAUCGGUGGCAGCAAGCCCAGACAGGUGGCGACUCCGGAUGUGGAGAAAAAGAUUGAGGAGUAUAAGAGAGAGAAUCCCGGAAUGUUCAGCUGGGAGAUCCGGGACCGGCUGCUGAAGGACGGUCACUGCGACCGAAGUACUGUGCCCUCAGGUUUAGUGAGUUCGAUUAGCCGAGUGCUCAGAAUCAAGUUCGGGAAGAAAGAGGACGACGAGGAAGGAGACAAGAAGGAAGAAGAUGGCGAGAAGAAAGCCAAACACAGCAUCGACGGCAUCCUGGGCGACAAAGGGAACCGUCUGGAUGAGGGCUCAGACGUGGAGUCAGAACCCGACCUCCCGCUGAAGCGGAAGCAACGUCGCAGUCGGACCACGUUCACGGCUGAGCAGCUGGAGGAGCUGGAAAAGGCCUUCGAGAGGACCCACUACCCGGACAUCUACACCCGGGAGGAGCUGGCGCAGAGGACGAAGCUCACAGAGGCGCGCGUCCAGGUCUGGUUCAGUAACCGGCGUGCCCGCUGGCGCAAGCAGGCAGGAGCCAACCAGCUGGCCGCCUUCAACCACCUUCUGCCAGGAGGCUUCCCACCCACUGGCAUGCCCACGCUGCCACCCUACCAGCUGCCGGACUCUACCUACCCCACCACCACCAUCUCCCAAGAUGGAAGCAGCACAGUACACAGGCCCCAGCCCCUUCCACCGUCAACCAUGCAUCAGGGCGGGCUGGCUGCGGCCGCUGCAGCAGCUGACACCAGCUCUGCCUACGGAGCCCGCCACAGCUUCUCCAGCUACUCCGACAGCUUCAUGAACCCCGGGGCCCCCUCCAACCACAUGAACCCCGUCAGCAACGGCCUGUCUCCUCAGGUGAUGAGUAUCCUCAGCAACCCGAGCGCCGUGCCUCCACAGCCCCAGGCCGACUUCUCCAUCUCCCCGCUGCAUGGAGGCCUGGACUCGGCCUCCUCCCUCUCAGCCAGCUGCAGCCAGCGGGCCGACUCCAUCAAGCCAGGAGACAGCCUGCCCACCUCCCAGUCUUACUGCCCACCCACCUACAGCGCCACCGGCUACAGUGUGGACCCUGUGGCUGGCUACCAGUACAGCCAGUAUGGCCAGACUGCUGUUGAUUACCUGGCCAAAAACGUGAGCCUGUCCACUCAGCGCCGUAUGAAGCUUGGGGAACACUCUGCUGUGCUGGGACUUCUUCCUGUGGAAACUGGACAAGCCUACUAG